AUGGACACCGUCGUAGAAGUACCUGGACAAUCUUUCUCCGUCAAUGCGCCAUUCCGUCAACCCAUUGUAAUUGCACACCUUUCGCUCAUGGCUCUUGCUUUCCUCGGCUGCUUUCCCCUUGCCCUUAUUCAUGGCGCGCGCCGACACCGUCGAUACCAUUUUUAUACCCUGGCGGUCGGCUUUGCUAUAGCAAUACUGGGUUUUAUUGCUGGCUGGAUCACACAAGUGGUCUCUACAACUACAACAACAACAACGAACAAUAACGAUGAAACGCUUACGUUAAUACGAGUCAUUCUCGGCAUUCUCGGUUAUACCCUACUUGUGCUUGUCUCGGGCCAAAUUGCACUCGGUCUCUACCAAUACCGACAAUCCAUCAUAACAGCAACACCUGAACACUUUCACCAACAACAACAACAGAAAUUAUUAUCGUUCCUUGAUCUCGAUGCUUCAACUUGGCUCGGACGGAUAUUGCCGGAAGAUAGUAUCCAUUUGGCUAUAGGAUGGAUCGUUUUGAUCGUUGCUUACGCGUAUCUCAUUGUCGGCGCCAUGGUCUUUACGGAAAGUUGUUCAGCAUCGGCUUCGGCUGGCCAGUGUUUGAUGCCUUUAGCGAUUGGAAGCGGCUUCCUUGGUUACGGAUCACUGGCAUUAUUGCAUUUGCUUAAUAUCUUUUCGUUGCCACGAUCGUCCACGCCCGAAUAUUAUGAAGGAUUGGUUUUGACGCUGUGGGGGUUCGUAUGUCUGAUCGCAUCAGACACGCCUAUCCUUGGGUCAGGUUGGCAAGCUAUCAACCUUGGAUUGCUAUGGUUCGCCGGAGGCAUCUUUUCAGUUGCCGUCAGCUUACAGACGUGGAUGCCGGCAUUACGGGAGCGGAAUAUUGUCAAUGCGUUGAUCAUUUGUUUGACGGGUAGAGCGAUUAUUUCAGGAUUUACACAAAAUGACCCGUUUGCCUCACAGAUACACAGUAUGCUGGGCCACAUGCUGAUCAUCGGUGCUGUUGCCCGGAUAUUGCAAAUCAUGUUUAGAAAGUCACCUGCUGACAACUUGCCGCGCCUCAUUGCACAAGCAUCCAACAACAGAGACUCUAUAAAUAACGACGUCAGCGACAACGACGACGCCAUGGAUAGUAAUGAUGAGGAAGUUGGUGACGAGGAAGCGGGUCGAGCGAAUGCAUACCAAGCAACAUAUCGACAACUCACAGGGCAGAUAAACGCACCGUGCAAACACAAGUGGAUAUUCGCAUCGAUUACCGUCGUUUGUGGCUUGCUCGCAUCUUUUCUCGCCAUGGCAGUUGGUGUUCUUUUCAUGGGCGCCAAUAUCCAGUGGGUUAACCAUGUGCGGUACUAUUUGAGUGACCCAGCAACCUAUGUCAACGUGAUUAUUGCAGUGACGUUUCUGUGGACAACCUACGUGUUUAUAAUGUGCACCAUCUACCGAAAUAUUCGACCCAUGUCAACGUCAUACUAUGAGUAUUUGGGCAUGUCCGAUAUGGAAUCGGUCACCACGAACAGCAAUGAAAGCAACAGCCCGCCUACUCCUGCACUUAGCGAGUCGCAAGAGAUGGUUGCACAGCGGUAUGAGGAGCAGCGGCAUUUACAUCGAACACGAUCCUUGCCAGCGCGCCGUGGUGUUGAAGAACCACCUGCGAUGCGACCCUCACAAUAUCGGGCCAAACGUCGAUCCUUGUUAAUACAAUCGCCUCAGCAGCAGCAGCAGCAGCAGCAACAUCACCAGGAUCCUGUAGCAUACGCUAAAAAACAACGUGCUAGAUCAUCUUCUGGGUUUAGUGGUGUAGGCGGUGUAUUGCCCGAUGAUAUUAUUGAUGGUAGCGACAUUCGACGGUCUUGGAUCUCUAAUGCUUCUGCUACAUCGCCAGGAAGUGCAACGUCCUUUGCUUCAUCGGCCUCUUCACCGCCGCCUUUAUCUUCUUCAGAUAUUCACCAUCAUCAUCACCGACGCACAGUGGUUUUUUCCGACGAGCCCGCCAGCAUGGUGGCGGGCGAGAGCAGUAUCAAUAACCUUCCUUCUUCAGCAGCAGCAGCAGCAGCAGCGGAUGCAGCAAAUGUACGCAAAACAGAAAGCGGACGACGAAAAGAACGUGUAAGUAGUAGUAAGCGACGUCGUAAGCAACAGCAGCAACAGCAACAACAACAACAGCAACAGCAACAGCAACAGCAAGAUGAGCCAGAUGAUGUAGACCACCUUUCUUCAUCAUCGUCUUCUGACUCACGUUCUGUUGCAAAGUAUUACAGUAGUGAGCGAAAUAGUAGCGACAGUCAGAUCAAGUGA